GCUACAAUAUUGAGGAAAAUGCCUCGCUUUCUCCGUGUCGUCGGACCUUCGUAGCGCACAUGCAUAAGCGAAUAAACACCACAGACUGUCUGUGUUUUCGUCCGUAGACAGACAUUGGGGUACUGUAAGCUAUACAUUCACGUUUACGAUGGCCUGGAUAUGUAAGAAGCGGUUAGUGAUCGCGAGCGGCCUAGUUGUGGCGGUGUUCCUCUUCGUGGUGGUGGUGAAAUUCUCAGAGAAGCCUUGUUUCCAGCUGCUGACCUUGCUGGGCCAGGGCAUCUCUGGUUGGUGGUCCUUCUCCCAACAGCCUCAUGAAGCCUUCCAGGCCGGGCACCCCGGCUAUGUCAGCGUUCCCAAGCAGGAGCCUCUGAAGCUGCAGUGUGACGUGUGCAGUGUGGUGUCCAGCUCAGGCCAGAUUUUGGGCCGGGAGGCAGCACCCGAGAUCGACCACGCCUCCUGCGUGUGGCGCAUGAAUAAUGCGCCGAUACGCGGCUUCGAGCGCGAUGUGGGCAGCCGCACGGACCUGCGCGUGGUCUCGCACACCAGCGUGCCGCUGCUGGUGCAGAAGCCGCAGCACUUCUUCGGCCGCCGCGGCAACGAGACGGCGUAUGUGGUGUGGGGUCCUCUCCGCAACAUGCGUGGCGACGGCAAGGGCGUCGUCUACAACAUGCUGCGGCAGGCGGCCGAGAACUACCCGCACGCCCGCAUCUACAUCACCACGGAGGAGCGCAUGAACUACUGCGACACGAUGUUCAAGAAAGAGACGGGCAAGGACAGGAUCCAGUCAGGGUCAUACCUGAGCACCGGCUGGUUCACACUCAUUCUGGCCAUGGACGUAUGCAAGGAGAUCAGGGUGUAUGGAAUGAUCAACAACACUUACUGCAGGUCGGAAGGUUACAGGAAGGUGCCGUACCACUACUAUGAAGCCGGGAGCCGUGAUGAAUGUGCCGAAUACCUCCUGCAUGAGAGUGCCCCCUACGGCGGUCAUCGUUUCAUAACGGAGAAGGCCGUUUUCGCCAAGUGGGCCAAGACCCACCUCAUCAAGUUUUUCUACCCUGAAUGGCAGCUGUCAUGACCAGCGGAACACCAAUGCUUUGUCUGGAAAGAUCCGAGCACUUAGGCCACUUUGGCCCACCCACUCCCUAUCGUUUUGCACAAACAAGUAACCAGGCCAAGGCCAGAACAAUCAUCCCAAUCCCUUUACAUACUGAUCACCAAUGCAGCUUAUGUAAGUGCAGUGGGUCGUGUGCACUGUCUUUAACAAGAGAGUUGCUAGUAUCUUCAGGAUGGAACCAGUGCCCUCUCCUGGUGCGAUAUUGCAUGUUUAUUGGACAUCCCUUGCUCAUUAGCACAAAUAUGAGUGUUCCUACAGUGUGUAGUAUGUAGACUGCACUAGGCUAUGGUCUGGAGGUAUUGAAUCUUUCAUUGUUCGCUACCUGUGGCUGUGGACAAAGCAGGAAAACUUUCAGUUAAAGGACAAGCUACACCAAAAGGAAUAUCAUCAUCAAUCAGUAGCAGCUUUGAAUCAGAUGGUUAACCCUCCAAACAACAGAAGAAUGUUACAUUGGGUCUGCAUUAUUUUAGAUGUGUUUGCAAUCCCGCUUUUAAGUUUAUCUCGGCUGUGUUGAAGGGCAACCAUUUGCAUGAACCUGAAGUUCCCUUUCAGUCUGAAUUCAGUGGGUCACAUAAUUAGGAGGGAAUGGUAGGAACAUAUUAAAAGACCAGAAAAAUCAUGCAAAAUUGUAUAGAAAAAGCAGAGUACCAAUUUAGAGGGAAACUUAACCAUAAUUUUAAAUACAAAGUUGUACACGGUACUAAGAAUCUGAAUUUGAGGAGCCCUGGUUAUGAGCUAUUAUAAUCAUAAUAGCUCUAGCUUUAAAGCUAUUCUAACAACAGCAUUACCACUGACCACUUGCAGUAGCACUGGUAAAUUGUUCUCAUUAUUUCUAAGUUACGAUUAACACUAUGACCUAGGAGAACAAAGACCACAUGCUGGAAUUUUAUUUGGCUUUGUAAUUUGUUAUUUGGACUUUUUUUUCCCAACAGCUAGCAAGCAAGAACAUCAAGCGUGACAGUGCAAACUGCAAUUGAAUUUAAGCUGUAGCUGAAGCCUGUAGACUGAAUUCACUUUACUAGAUCGAUGCAACUUGUAGUGUACAGGCAAACAGCUCUUGUGCAGAUUUUCUUUCUUUUUUUUUAAAGAUUUCGUGCCUGUUUAAACUGUAGCCAUCAUGGACUCGGUGCAAUGCAUUUAAACCCCACCCCACCACACCACAUCCACCUUUACCCCACCUUCUUAGGCCUUAUCUGCACGUGAGAAGAAAAAAAAACCACUGUGUACAGAAUCUGACAGUAUUCCUCCAAGCCUGUUAGGACGAGGUGCUAUCACUUGUCAGAGCAGCAAACUAAUUGUUUGGCUACUGUAGCUAAGUGCUGUAGCACCAUGUUCACCAGCAGACAGCGCAGCACCUGUGGAGUUACAGUACCACCCUCAGCCGCCCCACAUGGAGCGUGUUGCUCUUGCUGUCAGAUGGUCUCAACCACAGCAUGCUUCCUCAUUUCCAUUGCUGCUUUCUGUCAAACAUUUUGUGUAGUCGUUCGUGGCGUAUUGUUCAAAUCGGCCUGUGAUUGUGCUCUGGCAACUUCUCUUGGCUUGACAGUUUAGUGUCAUUGCUUGUCCUUUUCAGCAGCUGAGCAGUGUCCUCAUGCCGUCACUGCAUCCUAAGCACUCUACUGCAGGAAAUAAGCAAGCAAUGGCAGGAUGAGUUGCACCAAUGACAAGGUGGAACAGUGCUAAUGGAAGCACUGAGCUCAAGGCCACUUGAGCAAAAGGACACAAUGGACAAAGCCAGAACUUUCUCCUCCUUGGGGCCAAACCAAACCCUGUUAUUUACAGCCAUUCACACCAUGAAAGGCAUUUUUAAUGUCCAAAUGUUUAUGUUGUAUAAAAAUAAUAAUAAUGUGACCGAUCCAGCAAAAGUGCUUUCGUGAAUUUAGCCCCUAUGUAUGUGUGCUCACAUGGACCUUGAGGUCCCAGUAAAUCGACCUCCAUCCAGGAGCUCUCUCUUCAUGCAGCCAAUGCCUUCCUGCAGUUCUGUCAGCGUUAUAGGUCAUGUACAAGCCAAGCGUAAAGUCUGUGAAUGUGUUUGGCAGAGACCGUGUUCUUAUUUGUAGACGCUUGUAGCCACUCGUAACAUGCCUGCACGUUAGGGGAUGUUUCUUAGUUAUGUUUUUUUCAUUGAAGGACUAAAGGAGCUUUUUAAAAAAUACUUAAAGGCUGCAUAUUUUAAGCAUACAGUACUAAAAAAUUUUUUCUUUUAAUCAUUGUCCAUUUUCUAACCUAAUUUUGACCAUGCAGUUCAUGUGUAUGUCUGUACAAGAUUUGAAUAUUUCAUCUUUGUGUCAACCUUUGCAUAAAUGUAUUAAGACAUAACCGUUUUUGAAAGUAAUGAUUUGUAACAAGUGUUUUGUUGUUUGUGCAAUCCUGCAAAGGAUGAAGUGUAUCAUCCUGCAUUGUGGUCUUUGACACAUUUUGCAAAUUGCCUUGAAAUUAAUUUAGAUAUUGGAUUUGUAAAUCUGUUGUGAUUAAGCUUACAUUUUCAGUUUUA